AUUAGUCCCAGUCCUUGUCCGCGCAGCUCUAGAAGCCGCCAUUUUCUCUAACCUGAUUUUUUCGUCCAUCCUCGCUCGCUUUUUCGAAUCCUAUAACAUGUCAGACCUUGUAGAAAGCGAAGCAGAGGAGUCCCUCGACGAAGCCCUAAGUAGCGAGGAAGAGGAUGACGAUGAAGAGGGGGAAAAUGAGGAAGGGGAAGAUGGAAAUUUAGCGGACCUAAUUAACGACGACAUCGAAGAAGAGCAAGGCGAAGGAAGCGUUGAAGAGAAAAGUGACACUGAAAAGAGCGGUCUUGACGAAGACGACGAGGAAGAGAGGCUUAAACGAAAACGAAGACAAGAGGAGCUAGAUGACGAGGAUUUGGACUUGAUUCAAGAAAACUUAGGAAUCCGAUUACCAAAGAAAAAGUUUCACCGUCUAAAAAAGGUCAAGCCGCUAGAUUCAGAUGAAGAAGAAGAGGAUGAAGUCGAACCGGCAGUGAGGGAGAGAGAAGACAUUGCUAACCAGUUGUUUGAGGAUGAUGAUGAUGAGGAGAUGCCAGCGAGGCAAACACCAGAACCAGUUGCUCAGCCAGUCGAUAGUACUUAUGCUGAUAUUAUUGAUUCAGAAGAAGAAGAUGAAGAUGACUUUGAUAACUUUAUUGUUGAUGACGAGGGUAAACCCAUCAAGCAGGCGAGAAGAAAAAGAGUGGUCAUAGAGGGGCAGCAUGACUCAGCUCUUCAGGAAGCCCAGGAUAUUUUUGGCUUGGAAUUUGACUUUGACGAGUUUGACAAAUUUGGCCAAGAUGAUUAUGAUGAGGAAGAGGAUUACGAGGAUGAAGAUGAUGAUGAUGAUGAGCAGGCUGUGAUGAGAAGAAAAAGCAGAAAAAAGGCAACCAAGAAAAGUAUAUAUGAGGUAUUUGAGCCAAGUGAAUUGGAGAAGGGCAUGUUGACCGACAAGGACACACUUAUCAAAAACACAGAUAUUCCAGAGAGAUUCCAGUUGCGUGGGGUACCAGUAAAGGAAACAGAUGAGGGAGAGCUGGAAGAUGAGGCUGAAUGGAUCUACAAACAUGCCUUCUUGUAUCUACCCAUCUCACAACAGGAUGUCACAGAGCAAGGGAUUCACGGAAAUCCCCCUGCUCUCAAACCCCAUACUGCUGUUGGCAAGAUACGAGAGGCACUUAACCUCAUGAGAAACCAGUUUUUUGAGGUGCCAUUCAUUGCCAACUACAGGAAAGAGUAUGUGGAGCCAGAGCUCAAUAUUGAUGACCUUUGGAAAGUUUUUGAGUGGGAUGAAAAGUGGACACAGCUACGGACGAGAAAACAAAAUCUCCACAGACUGUUUGAACAAAUGCAGGAUUAUCAGUUUAACAAAGCUCGGGAUGAUAGUGAGACUCCAUUGGCUGAUGAUGUCAGAAUAUUACAACCAGAAGAUAUUGACAGACUCGAUCAAGUCCAAACCAUGGAGCAGCUCAAAGAUGUGUACAGCCACUUCAUGUUAUACUAUGGAAAUGAGCUGCCUGCCAUGCAUGAAGCCAGAAAAAAGAAGGCCAAAGAAGAGCGUGAGCAGAAAAGACUAGAAAACGAGAAUGAGGAGGAAGCUGUGGAGCCUAAGAUUGAUUACGACGAGGGGCCAAAACUCAAGAAGCCAAUGAAGAAAGACCUCUACUCCAUUUGUCGGCAGUCGGGUUUGGGGACCCUUGCGAAGAAGUUUGGCUUGACUCCUGAUCAGUUUGGUGAAAACUUGCGGGAUAAUUACCAGAGGCACGAGACAGAGCAGCACCCACUGGAGCUGGCUGAAGCUGCCGAACAAUUCCAAACAAGCAUGUUUGCAACAACAGACCAAGUCCUGGAAGGCACCAGGCAUAUGGUGGCCAUGCAGAUCGCCCGGGAUCCUCUAGUUAGGCAGUGUGUCCGAGAAACAUACUACAAAAGAGCUACACUGUCUGUAUCUCCUACCAAAAAAGGGAAAAAGGAGAUUGAUGAGUCACAUCCAUGUUAUACCUUCAAGUACUUGAAACAGAAGCCAGUCAGAGACUUGAGAGGUGACCAGUACCUCAAGCUGAGCAUGGCUGAAGCAGAGGGGCUACUUAAUAUAUCCAUAUCUAUAGAUAUAGCCAACAGCACAGGGAUGACGUACUUUGAUGAAGUGAAACAGCUGUAUUAUAGGGAUGAGUUCAGCCUAUUGGUACAGGAGUGGAAUGGACAAAGGAUGCAGGCCUUGUCGCGGGCAUUCUACCAGAUGUUGUAUCCAGCAUUAGAGAAAGAGCUCAAAACAAAGCUGUUAACAGAAUCCAAGAACUUUGUUAUAAAGUCAUGUCGCAACAAGCUGAAGUCUGCCAUCGAGGUAGCACCAUACCAGCCUGAGCAACAGCCGGACCAGGAGUAUGAAGAUAUGGGUGGUGAUGGCUUCCGUGUGUUGGCCCUGUCUUACCUACCAGAUCCCACAGUACCAGCCUUCCUGGCCAUGCUAGAUGGUGAGGGCCAGGUGACAGAUUACUUGCGUUUGAAGAGUCUCCUGGUCAGAAGAAAUGCUUACAGGCAGAGUGAGAGAGAGGCCAAGGAGAAAGACAUGGAAUCGUUAAAGGAGUUCAUUCUCAAGAAGCGUCCCCAGGUGAUAGCGGUGGCAGCAGUGAGUCGCGAGGCAACAACCAUCGUUGAGGAUAUCAAGCUGUGCCUUGCUGAGUUAGAGCAGGAGCACCAGAUGUCCCCCAUAGGGGUAGAGCUAGUAGACGGCGAGGUGGCCAGGAUUUAUCAAACCUCUAUACGUGCUGAUAAUGAGUCGCGUGAGUACCCACCUGUGUUAAGACAUGCUGUAUCUGUUGGCCGCCGCCUACAAGACCCUGUCACUGAGUUUGCUGGCCUUUGUAUAGAAGAAGAUGAACUGCUUUGCAUCAAGUUCCAUCCCCUUCAGGAUGAGGUGGACAAGGAGCAAUUGAUCCGCGCCCUGCAUGAGGAGUUUGUCACUGUGGUUAAUGAUGUGGGUGUGGACCCUAACCGCCUGCUGGACCAUGCCCAUGUCAUACCGCUGCUCCAGUUUGUCUGCGGUUUAGGGCCAAGAAAGGCAGCGGCACUACUCAAGUGUCUUCGGCAGCAAGGGUCACGCCUUGAGAAUCGUUCCCAGCUUGUCACGCUGUGCAACCUGGGCCCCAAGAUCUUCCUGAACUGUGCGGGUUUCAUCAAGAUUGACACCCAAGCAAUCAGUGACACAAGCACUAACUACGUGGAAGUGUUAGAUGGAUCACGUGUACACCCUGAGACGUAUGAGUGGGCAAAGCAGAUGGCUGUAGAUGCCUUAGAGUAUGAUGAGGCGACGGAAGAGAACAACCCAUCAGCAGCACUAGAAGAGAUUCUAGAGGCACCAGACAGGCUAAAGGAUCUGGAUCUUGACGCGUUCGCUGAGGAACUCGAGAGACAGAACUAUGGCAACAAGAGAAUAACACUCUACGACAUCCGGGAUGAGCUUUUUGGCCGGUAUGCAGAGCGGCGUGUGCCCUUUAGGCCACUCUCUGUGGAAGACAGAUUUAAGGUGCUGACGGGUGAAACUAGCGAGACCCUCUAUGUGGGCAAGAUGGUGAUGUGCACUGUCACAGGGUUCGCGUUCCGCAAGCCGUCACAUGACAUGGUGGACCAGGCUAACCCGGAGAAGGUUGAGGACACAGGGCUGUGGCAGUGCCCCUUCUGCCUCAAGAAUGACUACCCUGAACUCAGCGAGGUGUGGACGCAUCUAGAUAAUGGUAGCUGUCCGGGAAAUGCCACUGGUGUGCGUGUCCGCAUGGAGAAUGGGAUAUCUGGCUUUAUUCCUACCAAGAUGAUAAGUGACAAGCACAUCAAGUCUCCACAAGAGAGAGUCAAGCCUGGUAUGACGCUUCACUGUCGAGUCACACGCAUGAACAUGGAGCGAUUUCAAGUUGACCUCUCAUGUAGAAGCUCUGAUCUGGCAGACAAGGACAAGAAAUUCAGCCUGCCAUUUGACUUGUAUUACGAUAAGGAUGCUGAAGAGAAGGAUAAGAAGGAGGAUGAAACGGCCAAGAAAAAAGCCAACAGGCCAAAGUAUAUCAAGCGUGUGAUUGUGCAUCCCGCCUUCCGUAACAUCUCCUUCAAAGAAGCUGAGCGUAUCUUGUCUGAGCUGGACCAGGGAGAAAGUAUUGUCCGGCCAAGCAGCAAGGGCUCUGACCAUCUCACCGUCACGUGGAAAGUGGAUCAAGGAAUCUACCAGCACAUUGACAUCAGGGAAGAAGGGAAGGAGAAUGCCUUUAGCCUUGGACAUUCACUGUGGAUUGAUACAGAGGAAUUUGAAGACCUUGAUGAGAUAAUAGCCAGACACAUCCAGCCAAUGGCAGCACUUGCCCGGGAAAUUCUAAAUCAUAAAUACUACCGUGCUGCAGAUGGUGGCUCUAAGGCCAAGCUCGAGGAGCUGCUAGUUCUAGAGAAAAAGAAAGCACCUCAGAGAAUUCCCUACUUCCUGAGUGCAUCAAAGGAGUUCCCUGGCAAGUUCUUACUAGGGUACCUUCCCCGCGUCAAGCCAAGGGUAGAAUUUGUCAGUAUUUGCCCUGAGGGGUUCAGAUACCGUGGUCGUGUCCAUGGAACUCUGAAUGCACUGUUCAAGUGGUUCAAAGAACACUUCAGGGAUCAGAUACCAGGUGUCACCCCACGAAUGCGUACAACUCCAGUAGCCAUGUCCGAAAGCAACACACCUUACACACCUGGUGCCACGCCCUUAACCUCAGACAUGGAUGCCAAUCAGCUACUGAUGCAGCUUAUAGGCAACAGGAAUAUUGCACCCAACCCUAACAUGUAUGCCUCCCCUUCAACGAGGGGCGACCAACAGGGGUCAUCUUACUGGGGCAGUCAACAAACAACAAGUAGCACUGCCACCCCAGCUGGCGGUCAAUACCCGCAGUAUGGCUACUACCAGACACACAACGACUCGAUCUCUGCCGCAGUGCAGAAUUACGCAUACGAAAAGCAACAGAAACAGCUACAGAAACAACGUCAGCAACAGGCGUACUCAAGCUAGCAGAUGUCCAUAAGUAUUAAAAAAGAACAAAAACGUCAUGGUGAAGUUGCACAUGGACAAGAGAAAUCUAAUAUUCCUCAAGUAAUAUAUGGAAUGUUAAGUAGCCUCUACAAAGUUGGUAUUUAAUUUCUAGAACAGCAUUUAUUAGCUUUAUCGCUCUACAAGAUGCCUCCAUGCUCCCUCCCAAUCUGCAAAUCUGAAGAUCUGGCAUCCAUUUUUGUUUCAUUAAAAUACCCUAAAUGAACAAUUAUCAUCAGAGUAAAAAAAAAUACAAAAAAAAUCACACAAAUUGUAGACUGUAUAUUCUUUUCAUACUUUAAUAAAAAUACAAAACAUGUUUGACAAUUUAGUUGCUAUGGUUUUAAGAGUGCCAGCUCUAGUUGAUACAAAAUAGUUUGUUAUGGUUGUACACCACAAUAAAUAGUAUUUACACGUU